AUGAGUGGUUAUCAAAGUACGUGGUCAUCUACGACGGGGGCUGAGUUAGAAUUGGAGCCUCUAGGCGAGCUGGCUGAGGUCGGGUUCGAGCCGCAGACGCGCGCGCGAUCCAACACGUGGCCGCUACCAAGGCCAGACAACUACGCAGAAGCGGCUGACGACACCGGCUCUAAGAAGAACUCUAAUCAGAAUCUGAGUGGGGCGCCUCCUCUACCUACAGCCACAAAGAAAAAUUCCUCACGUCGAAAUGCUUGGGGCAACUUCUCCUAUGCUGAUCUCAUUACCCAGGCUAUCACCUCGGCUCAAGACAACAGGCUCACGUUGUCACAGAUUUACGAGUGGAUGGUCCAGAAUGUGCCAUAUUUUAAAGAUAAAGGAGAUAGUAAUUCAUCAGCGGGUUGGAAGGAAUGA